CGAGUAAUCUAUAGGCGUGAACAAGUUAUAGGUAAUUAGUUCCAACCAAAAAUUGUUGAUUAAUUUGUAAAUAUAGGCGACUAAUAGUAAUUUGUUCCGAUCUAAAACAUAAAUAAUGAGACGCAACGUUAGUAUGAAAUAAUCGAGAACCCAAAAUGAAUAUCAAAUACUAAAUAAAAAAUAAAGAAAAAAGAAUAAGAAUCAAGUAAUAUACACCGUAUAAAAUUUUAUUUAUAAUUUACCUUAUAUAAACAUAAACAUAUUCUGGUAAUGUAUUAUUUUUUUGGCACAAUCAAGGAAUAAACUUAAAACUCGUGAGAUGAAGAUAGACACGAUAUAAUUUGAUAUUUGGACUAAAUUUGAUAAUUUACCAAAUUGGAGAUUUUAAUAUUCCUUUUUUCUUUUAUAAAACGUGUUUUUGUUAAAUCCUUUUCCUAAUAUGAAUAGGAAAAUUGUCAUAUAUAUUCAUAAUUUAGCCUCCAUUCUUCACAUUCCAAUUUUAUUUUCUGAUCUCUUCUUUACUGAAAUAGCCCCUUUAAUUAUUUUUUCUCCAAUCAUGAAAUCUCAAAAAAGAACAUCAAAAAAUUCUUCCGUUAGAUUGUAUCCUGUUGGAGUUCGAAAGAGAAAAAGUGGUAAAUUUUGUGCUGAAAUCAGACACCCAUUUCACAAGAGGAAGAUUUGGUUGGGUACUUUCAUUACUGUUGAUGAAGCUUGUGAAAGUUACAAGUCUAAGCAGCUUGAAUUUGAAGAAUUGGUAAUGGCUAAAAAUGCAAAAAAGGGUAAGAUUUUAAAAGAAUCUGAUCAAGAAUCUUGUUCGAGUGAUGAAUUUAAACAAAAAUCAUUAAUGUGUGUUGCUGAGAAUAUGAAUUCAUCAAAUGACAUUGACGAAAAAAUCAGUCUUUUUGCCGGUGAAAAACAAGAAUCAUUGAUGGACAAUUCUGAGAAUUCGAAUCCAUCAAAUGGGGUUGAAGAAAAAAGCAAUCUUUUUUUUGGGAAUGCAGGUGAUGAAGAAUUGUUUAAGAGGACUUGGGUGAAAAUUUCAGAAGGUAAAGAAGUGAUGUUUUCACACAAAUUAGGGGUUCCAAUUGUGGAUAAUUACGGGUUUUUGUUGGGUGAAUUUAGUGUUUUGGAUGAUCUUACGAUAUAAUAAAGAUUUUUUUUGGCCAGAAUAGCAAUUUUGUAACUAUUGUGAGGUACAAGCUCUGUUUUUAGAAUGUCGCAGGAACGAGGUCUUUAUAUAAUGAUCAGUAGUAUAUGUAUUGAUGUAGAAAUUGUUUGGCCCUAAAUUUCUAAAUAUAAAAUUUAUGCAUAUUUUAUUUUUCUCAGA